AUAAUGACUUGUCGUCGGUGGAGGGGACUUGGCUGUGGCGGGGGAAGUGACCGAUAAAUAUAACCGGCAAGCCGGCGCCGGCUCCAAACAGUCAGUCGACGUACACACCAGUCGCUAGCCAUUUCAAUUUCUUUUUCAACGUCAAAACUCAAACCGACAGAAUGCCGAUCGACUUUUACUACACUCCUGGCAGCCCGCCAUGCAGAUCCGUUUUGCUGACUGCCAAAGCCUUGGGUUUGGAAUUGAACUUGAAAACUUUAGAUCUCCACCACGGUGAACACAUGAAACCAGAAUUCAUCAAGCUAAAUCCUCAACACUGUGUACCGACAUUGGUGGACGGUGACUUGGUUUUGUGGGAGAGCCGUGCAAUCAUCGUGUACUUAGUUCAAGCUUACGGAAAAGACGAUUCGCUGUUCCCAAAAGACCCGAAGAAGCAAGCGCUGGUCAACCAAAGACUACAAUUUGACGUCAGCACCUUGUACCCGGCCUUUUCCGAUCAAUACUACCCGUGGAUUUUCGCUGGAGUACCAAAAAGCGACGACAAAGAGAAGAAAAUCCACGACGCACUCGGGUUUUUGGACAUCUUUUUGGGAUCUUCCACUUGGGCUGCCGGUGAUUCAGUGACUGUGGCCGAUCUGGCUUUAGUCGCUUCCAUUUCGACCAUCGAGGCUGUCGGUGUUGACUUGUCGAAGUACGCCAACGUCUCUAAAUGGUUCGAAAAGUGCAAGACUACAUUGGUAGGAUACCAAGAGUCCAACCAAAAAGGAAUCGAUGGAUUCAAAAUCAUGGUAGCCAACCUCACCAAGAAAUAGGCGUAUAUAUACUUAUUUGCGUUUAUUCCGAUCAGAUUUCGUGUUUCAUGUUUUGAUUACAAUAUUUUUGUUUUACACUAUUCAAUGGUAUUAUAUUAAUUAUUGCUUUUUACAAAUUUUAAAUUAUAAAUACACACUUUUUUUUUUA